AAUAAUAAUUCAAUUAUUUCAAUAAACAAAAGUAAUAUUUUAUGCAACAUUCAUAAUUUAUGCACUGUUAACGUUAGGUACAGGAAGAUAAAGAUAUUGAUCGGAGAGUAGGGCACAGACAUUCGCCUUGACUUUUAGAUAAUGAUAAUGCAAUCGGCCGUGCGACUGGAAAUCGAGUAAUAUGGAUUUCUGUUGGCUAGGACAGCUGCCAUUUUCCACCAGUAAGCAGAGGCCAAGGGUCUUGUCAUGGACCCUCGUACAAGUGCCCAGCACGUGAUACACUGUGACACGUGUGAGACUGUUAAAGUACAGAUGCACUGUGACACGUGUCUCGUAAUCCUAUGCAAGGCCUGUGUGGGAGAACACAUCUCUACUGAUGUAUCCAAGGAUCAUAAAGUGGUCAAAUAUGAGUUGAGGAAUUCUACUCCCCUUUACCCCGAAUGUGCCUCUCAUGGAAAAGAACGAUGUGAGAUGUUCUGUAGAAACUGUGACAUUUCCGUCUGUGGCAGUUGCCUUUCCUCUGAUCGGCAUAUGAGCCAUAAAUUAUCUAAAGUUGUAGAAGUUCUGGAUGAAAAGAAAGAUAAGAUAAACAAAUACAAAUCUGAGUUAAAUGAAAACGUUAAUCCCAAAUACCUGGAGAUGGAAUCUAAUAUACAAAACAAAAUAAGUGAGUUAGAAAAGGAAUAUGAAAAACUCUUAACCUCCAUAACAAAACAGGGAGAGGUCUUGCAAGGAAAAAUCAACAAACUUGUCAAUCAACUUAAAAACCAAGUUAAUGAAAUGAAGAGAUCGCAAUUACAAACUUUAAAAAAAAUUCUUGAUGAAAUCAACAAGAAAAUUAUUAACAUAAGAGAUGAAAUCAAUGUAUUAGAUAUUGCAAAAGACUCAAAUGACUUUUCAAAAAUCUUCAGCUUACAAGUCUCUAUAGAACAACAUAAAAACUUUCCAAAAAUACCUAUUUUGUCUGCCCCAAACUUUACACCGAAAGUUAUCCAAGAAGACGAACUUUGUUCUCACUUCGGAAAUUUCUCUUCAAUUCCUCUUAAAUCAAAACAAUUUGGAAACAUUCCGGAAACACCAAAAGAAAUCUCACUUAAAUCACAUAAGAAAAGUCCCCCUCAUUCAGUUAAACAGGGAUCAGUAAAAGUUUCUCUUCCGUAUAAAAAGCUGCGUAAUGAACCAGAGAUUUUCGACAAGCGCAUUUAUCAUUAUGGCCGCCUUCGAAAUAUUGCAUGUUUGGGUGAUGAAAAAAUAUGGGCCUGUGAUGAAUGCUGUACUAUGACACUCUACAGCAUAAAUCAGGGUUUAAUCAAGUCAAUCAGAACAAGGACAAUAAACAGGAGCCCAACAGACAUAGCAGUCACAAGAGGUGGAGAGCUAGUGUAA